AUGUCAAUUCUUCAAAGAAGUAUGUUAUUAAAAGAGCUGAUUGUGAGUUUAUGCCUCGGAACUGCUGCGAUAGCCAGCGUUGUGAAGUUACCCAAGAAGUACGUUCAGAUGGGGUUUGACAAGAGUUGUACCUCUGCGACAGGGGAUAUGGUGUUCGCUAAGAGGGACGGUGAUUACGUUUUGGUCGACCUUAUUAAUGAAAAGAUUUUGUACACUGUGCAGCUCGCUGUUGGUACUCCGCCGCAAAACAUAACUGUGAGUAUAAAUAUUGGAUCGGCUGACCCCUGGAUGACUUCUCCCGACAAUCCGUACUGUGAGAUUAAGAAACACAGUGGAUAUGAGAAGCAAGUCGGGGCUAACACUAGUGUCAGCUUGUUGUCUUCUCUGAGUAACGAUCGCGUCACAAUGUCCGGCACAGUGACAACUGGUACGUCGUCAAGUAUGGUGCAACCCAUCAUCGACUGUACCAACUAUGGCACUUUCAACCACAGCAGCUCGUCAUCGUUCAAGAACAACGGUACGAAUUUUACUAUGUUUUAUGCAGAUAAAACUGGAGCGUCCCGGUUUUGGGGCACUGACGUUGUAAGAGUAGAGCUUCUAGAGAUUCUCGACAUGUCGUUCGGUGUGGCCAAUGUGUUUAACGCAACUGAAGGCGUGUUUGGCAUUGGGUUCCCAUCCUUAGAAACGACCAACAUGUUUAAUGCUCGCAUUGAUCCAUACUCCAGUUAUGAGUACGCGAACUUUCCGCAGGCAUUAAAUAACCAGGGCUCCGUAGACAAAGUGGCGUACUCUCUGUUCUUAAACGACUCCCAUGCAAUGAAAGGGUCUGUUCUUUUCGGCGCCGUGGACCACUCGAAGUACCGGAACGAUCUGUUCACUGUCCCCUUAGUCAACGAUUUUAGGGACAAAGGUAUGGACCAUCCGCACUAUUUCAACGUUUUUAAUGCACGGCGUGGGUGUCCAAACAAACGGCGUCCCCAGAACCGUCGCCACGACGAAUUUAUAGUCGUACUAGACAGUGGAGCUACUGUCUCGUCCCUGCCGACUAAAUUGGUCGACCAGUUGGUCCAAAGUCUGAAUGCCACUUUUGAUGAGGAGCUCAACUCUUACACUUUGAAGUGUCCCUCAAAGAAGGACACGAGUGUCGCUUCCUUUGAUAUUGGGCGAUUCCAUAUCGAUGGCCCGCUGAGCAACUUCGUUAGAAAAUACGAAAAGAACAAGUGUAUCUUGAGGCUCGACCCUGCGGACAAUCAGCCGUACAUCCUGUGCGACAAUUUCCUAUCGAGAGCAUACGUCGUGCACGACCUGGAAUCCUACGAGAUCUCUAUGGGCCAAGCCAAUACGGAGUAUGCACCCGAGCAAAUCGAGGCCAUCAAGAGCAAAGUCCCGGGAACAGUGAGAGCACCCUCUUACGACAAAACCUGGGGAAACGGCACGGACGUUUCUCCGAGCGGCAACAUCUACACCGUGUCAACGAACGGCACCUCGACCACGACCCAGUCCAGCAAUGCAAGAGAGAAUCUCGGUGCAGUUAAUGCGGUGUUCACCUCCGUGGCUACAGCCAUACUCACCCUCAUCGCGUCUCUCCUACCGUGA